GGCUUUUCUGCUCCCCCGCUUAUAAGCAGAAGACCCAAAAGUGUUUGGUAACCGAACUUCUUAUCAGCUUUUUCAAGAAGCUGCUGCAGCUUCCGUCGAAAAGCAGAAGCAGCCUCAAUCGAGCUUUUAGAAGCAGAAGCCCGAAGAUCACUGUGGCGCUGGUUACGGUAGAUUAAUGAAAUUUCUAUAAUACCGGAAACUAACCUCCUUUGAUUGAAGCAAUUACUCGUUGCCAUGAAACCCUUGUCGAUAUCAAUCUCUCUCCCUCAUCACAGAUGCCGCAUCAAUCUCGAUAUCGAUCUCUCUCCCUCUGAUGCCGUCUCACGUAGCCUCUCAUCACGAUUUCGGGUUGGAAAUUGAAGUCUCAAUCAAGCAAGGCUGCUUGGCAAUUUGAUUCAGCAGCUCACUUCAGCUUGGUAAAAUUUGAUAGUCACCCGGUUUGGUUUUGAAAUACAAUGAUCAUUGUUUUGGGAUAAUAUGUAUGUUUAUUAGUAUAUAUAGGUGGGAAGUUGCUUAGUAAAAUAUCGAUCUGGAAUUUCAAAAGAGUUGUACGUAAGGAGGAAGUUAUGUGGGGUUUGGCUGUAGACAUAGGCAUUUGAGUUUUGAAGGAUCACAUGGUUAUGUCUAAAUGAUAUCAGAUUCUAAAGGACCAAGAAGUAUUGAGUCACUAUAUUUAUUGGUGGACAUUAUGCUUAGAGAUGUUCACAGAAAAGUCACUUGUUGAUUGAGCCACUGAUCUAUGCUAGAUUGAUUUCAGCAGCAAAGGUGAACAUUUGAGAGUUUGGUUUUGCUGGUUUUGAUCAGAUUUGUAGAAAGGCAAAAGGGGAGAAAGUAUCUGAAGUGGAGGGCUUUGUUUUGGUUUGUUUACUGCAUAUGCUUUUGUUUAUCGUUUUCAUGGUUAAUUUUACUUUGGGGAAAUCUUUGGAGUCUGAUAAAACUAUUGAGAUUGCACUAAUUAGUUAUGUUGAGUUGGUAUGAACGUAUUUGGCUUUUUCUGGUGCUUUACCCUUGCAAUUCAAGCUGUUCAUACUGAAGUGAUUAAAACGUUCUAUAUGCUAAUACUCAAUUUGUAUGCAUUCAAAUGAAGAAUAAGUUCAUGUUUCACAAUGGAUUGAGAAUAGAUGAAAACAGAAAUUUUAUUGAGAAGCAAAAUGUAUUCUUUUGCUAUGAAUAUUUCAUUACUAACUGCUAGAGGCUGCAUACUUGUUUGUUGAAUUUUAAUCAUGUGGCUUUUGUGUUGAUUCUAUCGUGCUACUUUGAUAUGGAUUCCUGUAUUAGGUUCUAGUCCUGUUUUUGAAAAGAUAGGGAGAACAAAUUGAAACAAUUGAACAACAAAUAGAACUAGAUAAGGAUCAGAUGCCUUUUCUCCAAAUUUCAUUCGUAGUUUGUUCAUACCUUGGGUAUUUGCUUGUACUUGUAUUUAGCUAUCUUGAUGUUUUUGUAGAAUUUACCGUUACUUGCAAGUGAAACUUAAGAGUAGUAUGGUGUUUCAAGUCUCAUGAGUGGGUAAGCUAAUUAAGGCUGCAGACCUUUUCUUUUUUCAGCUAUAUGUUAGCAAGGUUGCUGUCAUGGGCACAUUGCUGCAUUGAACAACUUAGAAGAAGCUAAUAUAGGUUGCGAGGUGUACAAUUUAAGAACUGGUAAAGGAACUAGGCUAAUAUAGGAACUAAUAGUUCAUAUGCUUUACAAAUUUAGUUUAGUGGUUACCAUCAGUGGAACUAGGCUAGGCAAAUCCAUAUUUAUGGAUCUCCAGACUCUUCUUGUUUGAUUAGCUAUGACCCUAAAGUACCAGUUUGCAGUCAUCCUAACUCGUAACUGACUUGAUAGGCUUAAUCAGGCAACCCAAGUAUGGUCACUUAAUGGAACUCCAUAAAGCUGUUAAGUUAUGCGAGCAAGCUCGGCUAAAUGCUGAUCCGACUGUUACAUCCUUAGGGAGAUAUCAACAGGUUUGUCAGCCUCUUUAAUGGGUUGGGGAGGGAGAUAUCAACAUGUGUUCAGUCAUUGGUUUCUUAGAUCAGUUGAACAUCACUAGAGACUCCAGUGAUUAUCUAUGGUACACCACCAGUGUCGACAUAAGUCCAUCUGCAUCAUUUCCGCGUGGAGGUAAGCAUCCAAUUCUCACCGUGCAGUCUGCUGGGAACGCUAUGCAUGUCUUUAUCAAUGACCAGCUCUCAGGAUCAACUUAUGAUGUUCUGCAAGACCAGAGAUUUACUUUUACAGGAGAUGUAAACACGCAUGCUGGUGUGAAUAACAUUUCACUUCUAAGUGUAGCUGUUGGAUUACCGAACAAUGGUCCUCACUUUGAGACAUGGAACUUCGGAGUACUAGGAUCUACAAGGAUUGGAUCAAGGAAGCAAACAUCUUUGAGUCCUGAGCAGAAGGUGCAAAUAAUAGAAGAAGAAUCAGAAAGUCAAGAAUCUCCAAACUGAAGAGAGUGGGUCUUUCUUGGGCCUUGAUGAUGUCAACAUGUCUAAGGUUUAUUCAUCCUUGCAUUCAGUUCUUAUCAUUAAUAGUAGGAGACAGGGUCGGGAUGUUUAGGUGCUGGUUUUGCAAGGAAGAUGCUGCAAGUUGUGACCACAGCAGCCACUGUUGGUGCCCUUCAAGUUUGAAAAUAACAAUACUCAAAGUUUGAUGAGUGCGUAAUAACGUGGACAUUUGAAUAUGUUAUGAUAUUUUUGUGGUUACUUGAUGCGAACCAGAAAUCAAUUGUUAUUAAUGUUACUAAUAUAU